CGGCCAUGGCCUGACUGGGACAGCUCAGGCAGGGGCACAACCGGGGCGCUCCGAGCCGUGGCCAGCUGCCUGCAUGGAUGCUCCGGAGCCAGCCUGUCCCUGGACGAACUGGGGCUGAGGGAAGGGCGACAGGGAUUCUGUGCCAGGAAGAACCUGGAGCCUGGAAGCCCCAUUCGCAGGAAGCGCCAAGAGAUGCACCCCCCUCCCAGGGCCUGAACUUCCUGCUGCUACUCACAAAGAUGCUUUUUAUCUUUAACUUCUUGUUUUCCCCACUUCCAACCCCGGCACUAAUCUGCAUCCUGACCUUUGGAGCUGCCAUCUUCCUGUGGCUGAUCAAUAGACCUCAGCCCGUCUUGCCUUUUAUGGAUUUGGACAACCAGUCGGUGGGAAUUGAGGGAGGGGCACGGAAGUGUGUUGGCCAGAAGUCCAAUGACCCACUGUGUUACUACUACCCAGAUGUCAAGACAAUGUAUGAAGUUUUCCAAAGAGGACUUGCUGUGUCUGACAAUGGGCCUUGCUUGGGAUAUAGAAAACCAAACCAGCCCUACAAAUGGCUGUCCUACAAGCAGGUGUCUGAUCGCGCAGAGUACCUGGGCUCCUGUCUCUUGCAUAAAGGAUAUGAGCCAUCAUCAGACCAAUCGGUUGGCAUCUUUGCUCAGAAUAGGCCAGAGUGGAUCAUCUCCGAGUUGGCUUGUUACACAUACUCCAUGGUAGCCGUCCCCCUGUAUGAUACCUUGGGAGCAGAAGCCAUCAUAUACAUUGUCAACAAGGCUGAUAUCGCCACAGUGAUCUGUGAUACUCCCCAAAAGGCAUCAACCCUGAUAGAGAAUGUGGAGAAGGGCCUCACCCCGUGCCUGAAAAUGAUCAUCCUCAUGGAUCCCUUUGAAGAUGACCUGAAGCAAAGAGCAGAGAAAAGUGGAAUUGAGAUCUUAUCUCUGUUUGAUGCGGAGAAUCUAGGCAAAGAGAACUUCAGAAAACCUGUGCCUCCUAGACCAGAAGACCUGAGUAUCAUCUGCUUCACUAGUGGAACCACAGGUGACCCUAAAGGAGCCAUGCUGACCCAUCAAAAUAUUAUAUCAAAUGUUUCUUCUUUCCUCAAAUGUGUGGAGUAUACUUUCAAGCCCACCCCUGAAGAUGUGACCAUAUCCUACCUGCCCUUGGCUCAUAUGUUUGAGAGGAUUGUACAGGCUGUUAUAUAUUCUUGUGGUGCCAGAGUUGGUUUCUUCCAAGGAGAUAUUCGGUUGCUACCUGAGGACCUGAAAACUCUAAAGCCCACACUUUUUCCUUCUGUGCCUCGACUACUCAACAGGAUCUAUGAUAAGGUACAAAAUGAAGCCAAGACACCCUUGAAGAAGUUCUUAUUGAACUUGGCUAUUUCCUGUAAAUUCAAUGAAGUGAAAAAGGGUAUCAUCAGGCGUGACAGUAUUUGGGACAAGCUCAUCUUUGCAAAGAUCCAGGCCACCCUUGGAGGGAGAAUAAAGUUUGUGGUCACUGGAGCCGCCCCCAUCUCCUCUCCAGUCCUGAUGUUCCUCCGGGCAGCACUGGGAUGUCCGGUGUUUGAAGCUUAUGGUCAAACAGAAUGCACUGCUGGCUGUACAUUUACAUCACCUGGGGACUGGACAUCAGGGCAUGUUGGAGUCCCCCUGGCUUGCAAUCAUGUGAAGCUAGAAGAUGUACCUGACAUGAACUACUUUUCAGUGAACAAUGAAGGAGAGAUCUGCAUCAAGGGCAGCAAUGUGUUCAAAGGAUACCUGAAGGAUCCUGAGAAAACCAAGGAAGCUCUGGAUGAGGAUGGCUGGCUUCACACAGGAGACAUUGGUCGUUGGCUCCCGAAUGGAACUCUGAAGAUCAUUGACCGUAAAAAGAACAUUUUCAAACUGGCCCAAGGAGAAUACAUUGCUCCAGAGAAGAUAGAAAAUGUCUACAUCAGGAGUAGACCAGUGUCACAAAUUUUUGUGCACGGGGACAGCUUACGGUCCUCCUUAGUAGGAGUGGUGGUUCCUGACCCAGAAGUACUGCCCUCAUUUGUAGCCAAACUUGGGGUUAAAGGCUCCCUCGAAGAACUGUGCAAAAACAAAAAUGUAAGGGAAGCCAUUUUAGAAGACUUGCAGAAAGUUGGGAAAGACGGUGGUCUUAAGUCCUUUGAACAGGUCAAAAACAUCUUUCUUCAACUAGAGCCAUUUUCCAUUGAAAAUGGACUCUUGACACCAACACUGAAAGCAAAGCGGGGAGAGCUUUCCAAGUACUUUCGAACCCAAAUCAACAGCCUGUAUGAGAACAUCCAGGAGUAGGUUAAGUUUGCUGCUGAGCCGGAAGCUCUGGGGGAAGGAGUUUAAACUCACGUCAAGUGCACUUUUCCAUAAAUGAAGCUAGCUAGAACUGUGGGAAAAAUAAUCUGAACUGGGAAUAAAAGACCAAUGGGCAAGCAUGAAAUGUCCACAACAGGAUUGUCUUCUGGGAAGGAACUGACUGAUCUCUUCUCUGCUGGACUCCAGUUCCCUCCAUGCCUUACCCCCAGACAACACACGUUGCUUCCAUUGUAAAGUCUUUAAAAUAAACUACUGCAAAUAUGUA